AAACACUUUUGCAAACUUCCCGUCUAUGCUGGAAGCAUUUUGCUGAGGAAGACAUCGUUAAGGGGAAAAUGAUUGGACAAGAAUUUGUCCACCAGGAACGAAGACGCCUUAAAAAAGGAGCUAAGCCAACACUUCUUCUAGAUAAUAACAUUAAUUUUGAAAUGCCAUCUUAUUGCCAUGGGCCGUAGCGAAUGCCGAUAGGGAUGGAUCCACUGUUUUGGACUUAGAAUAUUUUUCAAGUGGGUUUUUCAUUUAGUUCAAGAUCGGCCACCAGGCGUCUCUGACGAUAGAUAACCUUGUACCACGAAGAGGCUUCAGCUGAGAUACCCUUCUUAACUGAAGAGUUGGUACACCUCCCUUUUACACCAUGCUUAUAUUUUACUUUAGAGAUAUUAAAUUUUAAAUGUAUAAAAGAUUAAACCACCGUUUUAAUUUUAACUAAUUCUAGAACGUUUUAAGAUUUAAAAAAAAUCCAGUUAGUUGAUUAAGAACAAAAGUGCCAUCUCCCGCCAAAUAGAUUUCAAUUUUUAGGUUGUUGUUAUUGUGAGAAAAAAACAUGCGAAACAUUUUAGGAAUAGAAAAUGCCUGCUUGUUGUGUUGCUUAUUGUAAGAGUGACACCAGGAACAAAAUCCCGGGACAAAAAUGUCCCUUUUUUGGAGUACCUAAAAAACAAGUUGUGUUUGAUGAGUGGAAGAAAGUUAUUCCUGCCAAAAGGAAGGGCCUCUGUGCAAAAUCUUUGGUGUGCUAUCUCCACUUUGAAGAUAAUUGCAUAAAAAAAGACUUGGGAAAUUGGCGUUUGAAGGCUGGUUCCAUACCUACAUUGCGCCUUAAACGUGAACCGACGCCACCACCAGCCCCUCAUAAACAAUUAAAUUUACCAGUGAUUUUGUCAGUGCCUGGUGGAUUGAUUGUAUUAAACCAAAGCAACACAAAAGGUAGUGCUGAAAAUGAGGUAGUUUGCAUGGAGAAACUGAAGUUACCUGGAGAGUCAUGGCAAUCGAGGAAAUUAGUCAACAAGCAAGAACACCCUGUCAUUGUCUGUUUUGAAACUACAUUUGUUGACUUAGAUCCCUUAGUCAGAAAAUCAGCAAUUAUAAAUCUGGAAACAAAAGAAAUUGAGUACAAAGUUUUUCAACGAAAAUGCCCACCUGUAAAUGGUUGCCUCCUUCAAAAGUUUUCAUCAGCUGCUGAUGUAGAAAGAAGCCUCCAGUAUUUCAAUUGUGUUCGGACGUGUCCGGGAAUUACUGAAGAAAAGUUUCACGAAUUAAAAGAGUUUAGCUUCCCAUCGGGAUAUUUUGAAAAUGGAUCGUGGCGAUCCAAAUCUUGUUCCCAGUUGAUCACGCGAGUCAAACAGGAUACCGAAAAUGACUUGCUCAAAAAUCCCUGCCCAAAAUGCAAUAAAAUACGAACUACAGUUUUAUUACCUCGUCUUGAAAAAAAGCUACGAAGUCCAUCUGCCGAUGUCAAAAACGAGUACUUGUCAAGAGAUGCCUUACUUUUGAAACUUAACGAAAUCGAAAAACAAAUUAAAACGUUGGAACCAACGUUGAAACGACUGGAAGAACCUGAGAUGGUUAUGGCAGACUUAAUCGAAGUAGAUAUGUUCUAACUAAUCGAUUACAAAGAAGAAAAUGG